AUGGAGGGGCUGGGGGAGACCUUGAGGACAGAGCCGCGCGAGGGAGCCCCCAUCCUCACCUCCCGUCCUCCAGCCCACCCACCCCCAGGAGCACCACUUCCCCACCCCCACCCUCAGGUCCCGCCCCCCUCUCCGUCCCCAACGCCUGACCCCACGGUUGCAGGCGGUUCCACCGGGAGAGCACGCGGGGGGCUCCUUAGAGCACCACGUGGAGCAGCCAGGGCUCUGGUCUUCCUAGAGGAGCCAUGCUCCCCGACUCCUACCAACACCCAGCCACCCCCUACCGGCCCACUACCCCCUCCUCCACCAGGCCCCCCCCCCACCCGGCAGCCUGAGACCCACCCGCAAGGGCUUGCGCCCCAGGCUCAUGGGAGCGGCGGCACCCGGGUAGAGGGGCCCACAGGAGAGGCCACCACAGGGCCCACACAAAUCUCUCUCCCCCCACCGUUUGUACCUCGCUCUAAACCUCCACACUGGCCCAGCCCCCUCGACCCCCACCUCCAACCCCCUCUCCCGGCCGGGUUCCCACGAGUGGCCCCGUUGGGCAUGCCAUCACCCCCCACACACAGCUUGCCCGAUCUGUUCCCACGGAGGGGGAUUGUUUCGAGGAGAGAGGGGAUGCAACAGAGCACCCCACCGCCUGGCGAACCACCCAUCCUCCCUCCACCCACCCCUUUGGCCCCACAGCCCCCCCUUCCUUCCACAAACAGGCGCGGACAACCAGGUUGGCCGCCGGCGGAAGAACAGGGGCAGAGGGUCAGCCCACGUGGCGGCGGCCUCGAUCGCUACUGGGAGGGAGGCCGUCGGGUUGAGGGAUGCGCCAUGGCAGACGCCACCGACUCCCCCUCCCAUCCCUCCCACCCCUUCCAUGUCGACGACCCCCUACCGCAACCCAUGGUGAUUGGGGAGGGCCAAGGGGGCCUUCUAGGGCAGGGUCCACACCCGAGCUCCGCUCAGCCAGCACGCCCCACUCCCACCCUCUACCCUGCCAGCCCUCCUACUCUCACCUACAGGCAGGCAGGUCUUCGAGACCCCAGAGGAGGACCGGACCCGGACGUAUGCGGAGGUCACCCGGUCUGUCCCUUCUUUAUCCCCCCCGCCACUCAGCCAGGCGCGUCACUCCCGACCCCAAUGGAGACGGACCGGGUUCUGAGGCCGUGUCACUCGCACCUAGACGGGGUGGCGCCUCCCCCCGUUCAGCCCGUGGCGCAGGAGGUCACCAGCAGUAGGGAUGAGGCAUCCGCCCCUACCGAGACCCCUCCGCCUGGGGUAGCAGAGCCGUCACUUGAACCGCACCCCGCCGAGGGGCAGGAGCACACCACGGCACACACUUCAGGCUCACCUCCACGUCCCCCCUCCCCAGCUUCACACCGUCGUCUCCUCCCCUCAUCCCAGGCGAUCCUCUCGGAGCUCAGGCCGCCCACGGGUCCCCUCUACAGCCAGACCCGGAGGCUGCUGGCCCUACCUUCCUCCUCGCUGCAGCGCCGACUCUUUUCCUUGUCCAGCGACGCCACCCGACCGCUCGCACACACGGCUGCCAUUGCAACGCGCAUCUCUCGCUUUGGUCGAGGUGAGUGGGCUGAGCUAGUCUCAGAUGCACUAGGCCGUCGCACACCCCUUCCUCGCCGCACAGGUCACCGGUCACGCACCGCCACCGAUCCCUCUGCAGCAGAUGAGCGCCGCAUUGCACGUUGCCUUCGUCUGGCAGCGUGCAAUGAGACCUCACGGGCGUGCGCGGCUCUCGAGUCCGCGGAGGCAGCCCCAGAUACACAGGGGACGAUACAGCGCCUGCAGUCGAAGCACCCCAACGCGGAGAGGCCGACCCCAGCUUGGCUGUCUGGCUUCCAGGGGUCCCCUCUCGUGCUCUCGAUGGCGAGGGUCUUCUUGGCGUCACAGCAGUUUGGGGUGGGGGUUACGUGCGGGACAGAGGUCGUAGUUAGAGGCGUCCGCCGCGCUCUGGCUGACCACCCAGACUGGGUGGUCCUGCAGCUAGACGUGGCGAAUGCCUUUAACUCUUUCCACCGAGACAGGAUGUUUCAGGCGCUGCAGGCCAGCCCGGAGUUUCAGUGUCUGAUCCCCUUCAUCGGCCUCUUCUACGGGACGCCCUCGGAUCUCCACUACAGGUCAGGCACGGGAGUGGUCACGAUGCACUCGGAGCGGGGCACUCGCCAGGGAGACCCUCUCAGCCCCUUCUUGUACGCUCUGACACAGCGUCUUGCUUUGGAGCCGGUUCUGGCGGAGGGGGAUGUCCAGCUCUGGUCGUACGCCGAUGACACGUACGUGCUAGAGCUUCGCUUCAGGAGCGAGCCGUCUUCUGGAGGCGCAUGCCUUGGAGGCCGUGCGUGCCCGUCACACCUCUCCCUUGCACCUUGCCCGUUUGACUUCCCUUCAGGGCGGAGUGCAGGGGCGUGGUUGACGUCGGUGCCGUACGCCGACCCACUGCGCAUCCCGGAGGCGCUGUGGCAGGCGGCUUCAUCUUCUCGUCUUGGUCUCCCUAUCCCCCAGUUAGCCCUUGCAGGUCAGUGCUCCUGCGGACAGGCGAUUGACGACAUGACGGUGCCUCAUCACGCGGUUCGGUGCCCGCGUUACGGGGUCGCCACUACCAUCCACGACACGGUGAAGUACAUGCUUCGAGACUUUGCGGUCGAGGCGGGCUUCGCGGUAAAGGUGGAGGACUCUACGCUGUUCACACAGUUGGAGGCGGCUCGAGCGAGACUACUGGGACAGCCAGUGGUGGAGAGGGGACACGGGCUGAGGGACCGGGGGAGCGGAGAGGCGAGGCGGGACAGCCGGGUGGCGGGGGACAGUGGGGACGGCACCAGCUGCGGGGUCAGGUGGAGCGAGGGACAGGUGGGCAGAGGGGACGGCAGGGGGAGCAGACGGGCCAGGACGGGGAGGGGGGACGGCACAGGCAGCAGCAGGAGAGCCAGUGGAGGCCGCGGCCCAGGGCGCCGCGCCUCCAGCGGAUCCACAGCGGGAGGGGAACGUGCAGCUGAGACGGCGCGACCCCCACACAGAUUGGAGUGGCAGCAGCUAGGCGGGUGCAGGAGAAGCUGCGUCACUGGGGGCCGCACUUAG